AAUCUCCAUUAAUAAUAUCCACCAGUUUGUACAUUACUGGCUGGGCACUGACCCCACCACCCCCUUCCUUUACUUUUUAUCAUCUCCCCACACCCCCAGUUCCCCUCACCUUCUUUUCCUCCAUAGCCACCGCAAAAGAAGAGGAGAUGAUCAAGGGAGCCAAGAAAGCCGUCUUCCUCUUCCUCCUCGUCUCCUCUCUUGCUAUCGUCUCCCACUGCGUCACCCCCAUCACAAUAAAACCCGUGAACGGCGAUGAUGAUGAGAACCAGUGCGUGUAUACGGUGUACAUCAGGACGGGCUCCAUCUGGAAGGGCGGCACGGACUCGGUGAUCAGCCUCAUCCUCGCCGGAUCGGACGGCUGGGGCGUGGCCAUCACGGACAUCGAGUCGUGGGGUGGCAUCAUGGAGGCCGGCCACAACUACUUCGAGAGGGGCAACCUCGACAUCUUCAGCGGCCGGGGACCGUGCCUUUCGACCACGCCGUGCUGGAUGAAUCUGACCUCAGAUGGGAGCGGGUCCCACCACGGGUGGUACUGCAACUACGUGGAGGUCACAACCACAGGUCCCCAUAUGGGGUGCGCCCAGCAGCAGUUCACCGUCGAGCAGUGGAUCGCCACCGACGCCGCGCCCUACCAGCUCUACGCCGCCCGCGACUACUGCACCACCGGGCGCGGAAAUGCCGAGGAGAAGUCAAAGAUCGGCGGUCGGAUCGGCCGACACGUGACGCACGUGGUGUGAGAGCUUAUCCGGGCUUUGGUUGGUUGCGUUGCUAUUUGUACUGUGUGGUUUUAGCUUUGUUAAUAAAAUAAAUGGCUGAGCGGUGAUCUUGUUUUAC